UAUCGAGGCAGUCUGUGGUUCUGGCCCAGUCAGACCUGGUAAGAAUUCCUGUCCAGGGACUGAUCAAAGUACCAGGAGUGAAUGGGGUCGCCAGCAACUGUAAGCAAGCCAAUGGCAUCUGCAACAAAAUCGCUAUCAACAAGUCCGCCACCAAACCAAUCGUGCCCGCGCCUACACAGACAGAAACUAAUACUUCCGAGAUCGACAUCAAGUUGCUAAAGCGCCAGCAGAGAAUGAUCAAGAAUCGUGAGUCAGCCUGCCAGUCCCGCAAAAAAAAGAAAGAAUACCUCCAGGGUCUGGAGAGCAAAUUGCGCGAGGCACUCAAUGAGAAUGAGAAGCUGAAAAGGGAGAACUCACUGCUGAAAAAGAAGCUAGACAGCAUCAUGUCAGAGAACACAGAAUUGAAAUUGGGCUCUGGUAAUCGUAAAGCAGUGUGUGUGAUGGUCUUUCUGCUCUUCGUUGCAUUCACUUUUGGACCUGCCAGUAUAACAGAGAAGAAGCCAGAUCUCUUCCAGAAACCAGAAGACAGUACGUAUGUCAAGAGGCACCUACUGGCUUUCAAAGAGGAACCAGGUACAGAGAGCAUGACAGAGGAAGCGACGAAAGAUUACACUCAGAGGGACAAAUUCAGGUAACAAGAAAAUUAAAGGAGAAAUUUUCAGU